GUUCUUUGAAUGUAUUAGUAAAGAAGACCUCAAUGCGCACAUGGCCAUGCCACCAGUUCAAGUAGGCAGGCAAGAGCACCUCGAUGGAAUUUUACGGAACGAACUCGGGUAGCUAACAGCUCUAUUAUAAAGGCGCUCCCGGUCGGACGGUUCAUCAGUUCCAAACUUGAUUUCGGAUAAACAGGUUGACUGCGUUCGCUCUAAGCAAUUUAAAAUUUGUUCUACGUUCAUCGUAAUUCAUUUCGAUCUACUUAAGACCAAUCAUCAUGAAGUACCCAAAAGGACAAAUCCGUCACAUCUUGGACCUGUCCAAGGAGGAGAAGCGUGAAUUCUCGCAAUCGUUCGAUACCAUCAUGUCCGACUGCGACGGAGUCGUUUGGCACUUUACUGGUCCGAUUCCCAACGUGGACAAGGCAUUGAAACUGCUGAAGCAGAAAGGCAAGAAGCUGGCGUUCAUCUCCAAUAACGGCAUGCGCACCAUGGAGGAGUACAAGCAGAAGUUUCUCAAACUUGGGAUACCUUCCCAUGAGCUGGAAAUUGUCCACCCGGCGUUGACAACGGUUCGAUAUCUGAAGGCAAUCAACAUGCAAGAUGCGGUCUACUGCAUUGCAACAGAGGUCUUCAAAGAUUACUUGCGCAAUGAAGGAUACGUGGUUUUAGAUGGGCCUACGGAACAGUUCUCCGACGACAGGGCAGCCGAUUCCGUUCGAGUGUUCACGGAAUACUUUGAAGAAACCGACAGUCCUAAAGUUGGCGCCGUUGUGAUGGAUAUGGAUUGCAACGUUUCGUUGGCUCACCUGAUGCGCGCCAAAUGCUAUCUGCAGCGAAAUCCCGAUUGUUUGCUCCUAGCCGGCGCUACUGACUAUAUCGUACCUCUGGGAAGCGAUGGCCGAGAUGUGAUUGGACCCGGAUACUUCCUGGAAAUGUUGGAACGAGCUACAGGUCGUGAGGCUUUGGUUCUCGGAAAACCUGGCCAAGCCCUGGCGCAGUUCGUUUUGGAACAGUUUAACGUAACACAACCGAAGAAAACGUUGUUCAUCGGAGACAUGCUCAUGCAAGAUAUGGGAUUCGGAUCGCGCUGUGGAUUCCAAAAGCUACUACUGUUAAGUGGCGGAACUACGUUGGAGAUGUUGAAGGCUCACAACAAGCCCGAAGAAUUACCCGAUUUCUACGCAGACAGCUUUGCAGAUUUCAUUCAGCUUUAUCGUGAUAUUUCUGAAUAAGAUUGUGAUAUAUGAUAGUGAAUCAUAGUAGUAUUUAGGUUUGAGCAAUUCAAUGUAAUUGAAUGUGAUAAAUGCCUCUUACCUUCUAUUAUAAUAGUUAAAUGAGUAAUUUCUACGUUCACUCAGUCACCGAGUCAUCAGUAUUAUCUAUCAAGUACGUAGUUUAUAAUUCUGUAAAAAAAAAGAUAUCAAAAAUAAACACUAUUUGAAAUCAUAA